AUGGCAGUCCACUUUUUCACCAACACCACCCACUCUGGAAUGAGCAAUGUUUCUAAGACAGCUGUGAGAAGCAGUGCUGGGUCAAUCACAGGAGCUCUGAUCCUCUGCUUUUUGUUACCCAUUGGUGUUUCUGGAAACCUCUUGACCAUUUGGAGCAUCCUGGCUCGAACCCGGCACCGUUCCAUCACAACCCUCCUGAUCCUAAACCUAGCCUUUGCGGAUGGAUUCUUGAUGCUUUUGAUGCCUUUUUUCAUUGUUUAUUUGUUAAAACGCAACUGGAUUUUUACCCUGCCACUUUGCAAGAUUCUGCUGUAUCUCUGCAGUGCCAACAUGUACGCUUCUAUAUUUUUGAUAACGUUAAUGAGUCUGCACAGGAUGGUGGCUGUGGUGUGGUGGAAACAAGCUGGUGUCCUGACAGACCGGAAGGUGAUAAUUCGGGUGUUGAUAGGACUGUGGAUUUUUGCUCUAGGACUUUCAGUACCUAACUCUGUUUUCUGGACCACUUUCUGGAGUGCGCAAGAGCCAAAGUUUUUAAUGUGUGCAUGUAAACACCCACUGCCACGAGAUGUGAUACUGCAGCACUGUUUGGAAAUUCUGCUGGGUUUCUUGACGCCGUAUGGGCUGAUCAUAAGCAGUUAUGUGUGUAUCCUGCGAAGAAUUCGCAAGACUCGGUUUCAUAGGCACAUCCGUAGUGAGAAACUCAUUAUGGUGAUUGUUACCACCUUCGGCUUGACCUGGCUUCCUUUCCACACCAUGAAUAUGGUGGAGAUUGCUGGGACUUUUCUCCCAGAGGAUUCCCAUGCAAAAGCCAGACUACAGAAAAUCUGGUCAUCAUUUCGAGGCUUCAGCUCCAUUAUCACCUUUAUCAGCAGCUGCAUAAACCCAGUUCUCUACACCUUUGCUGGAAAGUCCUACAUUAAAGGCGAAGGCCUGGCCUUCAUGGCACGGCUCUUUGAAGGCUCAAGAUUUGAGUCCAUCAGAAAGAACCGGCAGAAUCAGAACAAUCAGGAUCAAGAAAAGAAAGAAGAGGUUGACCAUCUAAGAGACAGAAUCUGA